ACCCUCCCAAAAAAACCUGCCGAAAUUUUUAACAAUGGAGGUAGACGUUGGUUACAGUGAGACACUGCCGGGGCCUUCUCCUGAACUAUGUCUGCCUGUCGGUGACCGAGAAUCCCUUGAAUACAUAAUGCAAGCCAUCCAGACAAUUGAAAAGCAGGUCCCCGCUCUGAGAGAGAGCUUUUUCCGAACUCCUUUCAAAGACAGGAGAAAGAGCAGCUCGCUGAGCCUGGGGAAGCAGCACUAUUGUCAGCUGCAGCAGGAACAGAAGCAGCCGGGGGAAGGAGCUGUCUGCAGACAGGAGUGCUGCACUGAGCAUGUCCCUGAGGAGCAGGCAGCAAGCAGCCCAUUAUGCAGAACAGCAGCUCUAGCAGAUGGGGGAGAGCACGCACAGGCGUUUGUUUCCUUUGCAUCCGCAUCAUCACCGCUCUCGUCACCGGAAAGCAAGCCCGGAUUACUGAGCAGGAUCUCGCCGAGAGGCAAAGCAAAGAGCAUCCAUCAGCAUGGCUUGAUUGCGAAAGGAGUCCGCUUGCUGAUAAACAUGGGGAAUCAGGAUGGGAAGCUGAAAAGGGCAGCCGGGGAAAGCAGUGAAGCCACAGAAGAAGCUGGGGGGCCCAGGGAGGUGGAACACACAAAGAAAGGAUUGCACGGUAAAAAGGCACAUGGCAAACAUGGCAAAGGGGGAGAUUCCAGCAAGAAGAAAUCCAAAUCGGAAUCUAAAGCAUCCGUGUUUUCAAACAUCAGGCUCCGUAAGAACCUGUCCAAGGCGAAGGGGUUGUCAGGGGGCUCCAAAGAGGAUGUUUUGGAGACCCAGGCCUCUCAGCAAGAUGAGCUGGACAGUGCGCUCUCUAUCCAAACCAAAACCCCCGAUAUCAGCCUUUCCGCAGACGAGCUGGGCCUGUCGGAUACAGAAGCUGAGCGGUUCCACCUCACGAUGGAGAGCCGACAGGCAACCGUGGAAACCCAGGAGGGACAAAGGGCUAGCUCUGGCUCCGAUACGGAUAUCUAUAGUUUCCACUCUGCUGCAGAACAAGAGGAUUUGCUUUCUGAUAUCCAGCAUACUAUUAGGAUGCAGCAGGGGGUUAUUAUUUCAGCCGCUGAGGAGCCAAGCUGGAUAGCUGAGUAUAAACAUGCGGGUGAUGUUAAAACAACCCCCCCUGACUCUGAGCACGUUGCAGACCAGGAAGCUGCCUUUAACUGGGAGAAUGGCCAUGUUGGCGAGCUGCAUGUUUCUCUGGACAGCGCAAGGCAAGAAAGUAAUUUAACUGCAGACGUGCAAAACGGUUUAAGUGAGGCUUCAAGCAAAUCUGAGAAAUCCUUUUGUACUUCGCCUGGGACAAAAGAACACAAGCCCCCGAGCGAGAGCGCACAGCCUCCUGCAGAGGCGAGCGGAGGGAGAGGUGGGAGCCCUGUUGUCACGGCAACAACCGCCAACAGCGUCCCUGACCUGACCGCCUCGUUUGAAAGUGUAGAGGGGCCUGAAGAAGAGGAGGCCAAGGUGGAUAUUUCAUCUCUCCUAAAGGAAAGUCGCGCUGAACUAGAUGGGAGCCAUGAAGCAGCCCUUGAUUCCUCAGAUGGGACUGUUGAUGGCAGGGAGGAAUUAACUGAAUCGCUGGAACAUACUUGCAGCUUGGAACUAAAAGCAGAAGGUGAUGACGAAGACCCUACUGUGCCACAUAGAAAAAGCAGCGUGCCCUUUUCUCAGUGGCACCCUGAAAGUCCCUUAAGUCGGUUGUUGAGGACAAGUUUGACUUCCACAUCCUCCCCAACUGUCAAGCCUUACCCUCCAAUUCACCCCUCUUACAUCAAAACAACAACAAGACAGCUCAGCUCCCCGAACCAUUCUCCGGGACCCUCGCCGUCCCAGAGUCCCUUGUUUCGGAGGCGGUACUGCGACCUCGGCCACAGGCCCGACAGGCGGAGAGUCAAGAAGCAGAGGUCCUCGAGCAUAACUGGGCCGCUCAGCCGCUCGGCGGACUGGACUGAUGAGCUGUCCAAAUUUAGGUCCAACAAGACGGGUUCGGCAGAUUACCUGGAGUAUGGGGGAUCAGAAGAGAGGCUCAGAGGAGGCAGCCAGCCCUUGUGCGUUACUCGCAAGUCGUCUGGGGUCCAGGCUUCCACCUGUAGCUUCCAUGAUGUCUUUACUGGGCGCACCCUGCUGGAGAAGUUCUUCAAGCAGCAGGAGGAUGCCCCCCCAGAGGAGGCAGAGAAGCUGUGCUCUCGGAUCCUAGCCAUGGGGCUGCUGCUGCCGUUCAGUGACUGCUUCCGGGAGCAGUAUGGGGAAAGCACAUCACAGGUCACCCCCAAGUUUGACCAAGACCAGCUGUACACCUGGGCAGCUGUGAGUCAGCCGACACACUCUUUCGACCCCGUCGAGGGCCGCGUCCCGGGACGCAUCCAGGCGCUAUGGCCGCCGCCGAAAUCGGGAGUGGAAGAGAAACCGGGGCUCAAGUACACAGAAGCGGAGCAUCAAGCAGUGAUACUGGGACUGAAGAGACAACAAAUGGAGGAAGUGGUUGAGCUUCAGGAGGAAUCUGUGCUGAAAACGGUUAAACUCAAGGAGGAGCAUGUGAACGUUAUUCAACAGCUGGAGCAGACCAUUGAGGAUUUAAGGACCAAAAUAGCAGAGCUGGAAAAACAAUAUACACCACUGGAGAGGGAUAUUUGCACUAAAGAUCAGGAGUGUGGAAGUGGAGAGGUAGCCUUUAAAGACUUCUGUGAUGUUGACCUUCAAACUGAAGAACAGAUCAUGCUUAGCAGCUUAGAAGCAAAAUCAGUACAGACUUCACCAGUGGAAGAAAGCUUUAAAUUCAAAGUGCCUUUACAGGAUGGAAUGUCAUCCUCUUCUUCAAUCUCCUUAGUUCUGUCUCCAAAAACCACACAGGGGUUUGUCUGUAUGUGCCAACAGCAGCAACAGCCUUCACUGCCUCCUGCAUCAGGACAAAGUGGGAUCCAGGCCUAUCCUGCUCCCCUUCCUGGCCUACCCAUCCCUCCUCCUCCCCCCCCUCCUCCUCCUCCUCCUCCCCCCCCUCCUCCUCCUCCUCCCUUGCCUGGUGUCUCAGUGCCCCCCCCCCCGCCCUUACCGGGCUGUGCCGUACCUCCGCCGCCACCCCCCCCGCCCUUACCGGGCUGUGCCGUACCUCCGCCCCCACCCCCCCCGCCCUUACCGGGCUGUGCCGUACCUCCGCCCCCACCCCCUCCGCCCUUACCGGGCUGUGCCGUACCUCCGCCCCCACCCCCUCCGCCAUUGCCAGGUGCCCCUGUACCUCCUCCUCCCCCACCUCCUUUACCUGGCUCUUGCCCUCCACCUCCGCCUCCCUUACCUGGAAUGAUGCCCCCUUCAGCUCCAGGCAGUGCAGGGCCCCCACCCCCUCCUCCACCCUUCGGCUCUCUCCCCCCGCCUCUGCCAGCUGGUUUGUUUGCCCUGGGAAUGGCUCAGGACAGAGGGUCCAGGAAGACCAUGAUUGAACCUCCGCGCCCCAUGAAGCCAUUGUAUUGGACGAGGAUUCAGCUGCACGCAAGAAAGGAAUCAAGUGGACCUUUGGUGUGGGAGAAGAUUGAGGAGCCAUCUGUAGACUUUAAUGAGUUUGUUGAGUUAUUUUCUAAAACAGCUGUUAAGGAGAAGAAGAAGCCUUUAUCAGAUACCUACACAAAAUCCAAGGCGAAGCAGGUCGUGAAGCUGUUAAACAACAAAAGAUCACAGGCAGUGGGAAUCCUGAUGUCUAGCCUUCACUUAGAUAUGAAGGAUAUCCAGCAAGCUGUUCUGAACUUGGACAACACAGUGGUUGACCUGGAGACCCUACAGGCCUUGUAUGAAAAUAGAGCUCAACAAGAGGAGAUGGAUAAAAUAGAAAAGCACGUGAAGUCUACUAAAGAAAAGGAAAAUUCAAAGCCAUUGGAUAAACCUGAACAAUUCCUCUAUGAAUUGUCUCAAAUCCCUAAUUUCUCAUCAAGAGUAUUUUGCAUCAUCUUUCAAUCAUCUUUCAUGGAAUGCAUAUCUUCAAUCGUUCGUAAACUUGAAAUACUUCAGAAAGUUUGUUCGAGUUUACAGAGCAGUGCUGGUGUGAUGAAGAUCCUUGGACUUGUGCUUGCUUUUGGCAAUUUCAUGAAUGGUGGGAACAGAACGCGAGGACAAGCAGAUGGCUUUGCUUUAGAUAUUCUUCCCAAGCUUAAUGAUGUGAAAAGCAGUGAUAGCAGUCGAAGCCUUUUGUCUUACAUCGUUUCUUACUAUCUAAGGCACUUUGAUGAGGAUGCAGGCAGAGAGAGUUGUCUGUUCCCUCUCCCAGAGCCACAGGACCUCUUCCAGGCUUCGCAGAUGAAGUUUGAAGAUUUUCAGAAGGACUUGCGCAAACUAAGAAAAGACCUGAACGCUUGCACUACGGAAACAGAAAAGGUCUGUCGCGAUUCUUCUGAAGAUCACCUGCAGCCUUUCAAAAAUAAAAUGGAAGAAUUUCUCGGCCAAGCAAAAGUUGAUUUGGAGUUGCAGGAGACUCAACUGACUGUAGCACAUAAAAGUUUCUUGGAAUUAACUGUAUUCUUCUCUGUCAAACCUAAAAUGGCGGAGAAGGAGGUUUCACCAAACACCUUCUUCUCUCUGUGGCAUGAGUUCUGUACGGAUUUUAAAGACUUGUGGAAGAAGGAAAACAAACUGAUUCUUCAAGAAAGACUGAGAGAAGCUGAGGAGUGCUUCAGACAAGCAAAAGAAAAGGCAUCCUAUAAUGUCAGACCCAAGCAUGAUUCUGGAAUAAAAGCAAAGCUUAGCAUGAAAAUCUGAGUGUCUGUGUGAAAUUACUGGGGAACAUUCAGACUUCAUUUCUAGGAGAACGAUGGACAGAGAAAAAAAAAACGACAAUUACAGUUACCAAAUGUCAGAAUCUGACAUUUGGCCUAUCUUUCCCUUUUCAAAUUUCUUUAAGAAAUGUCAUUUUCUUCUUCUGCUUUUGGACGUUGUGGGCUUGCCAUCAAAUUGCUUUGUUUUGCCAAUAUGAUACAAACUCUGGGUAUGGAGGUGGUAACAGUUGGGGUAAAAAGAAACAUGAUCACAAGCCAUUGGAAGACCUGGAAUGUUGAAUCUGCACAGGGACUACACAAUUGUCAUGGAAAUGCAUACAGUGCAUGGAUUAUAUAAUACAAUAUUUGAACUUUGCUGGCUUGCAAGUACAGUUCUCCAGAUUAACCUAUUGCCUGGAUCUCUUUAACUUCACUGAAAUCGCUUGCUUCAGAGACCUGUAAAAGUCUUUUACUAAUUCAGGUCCAUCACGUAGAUUUAAGCAUAAUGUAACUUGAAAAUUUUAAGCAAUAGAGGAGUGCGUGUGGUUCAAGCCAGUACAAAAACUGAAUUUGUUGUCAAAACCUUGUUUAAAAUGUGUGUAUAAGUAUAAAUGACUUUAUUGCAUAUCAUAACAAAGAGGACAAGAGUUGACAGCUCCAUUGUACUGAAAAGUAUUUGUUCAAACUAACUCUGUGUAUAUAAUGGAAGUAACACUUGCUAGGAUCAUGGUGAAAGUACAGUCAUUUUUUAGUCAGGUAAUAAACUUAUUUGGAUAUCACAACAUAUAUUACUUUAAGUAAUCAGCCUACAGUGUUUUUCAAAUUCCUUACCAUAACAUCAGCUUGCUAAGAAGAAUAGUGAAGAUGAAUCUGAUAUUUGCUGUUCUCUUCAUCUCUUUACAGCAGUGUAUCCUGUGAGUAAACGCAUUCAGAGGAGGAUGUUGAAUACUGUUAACACUAGGUCAGAGCAAUGAUAGAUGUUUAAUGACUUUCAGGUGUCUGAGCAUCUUUUACAGUAAGCUAAUGAGUUCUGCUGUUAAUAUUUAAAAUCAUACCAGUAGCAUGAAUUCCAUUGUAUCAGUGUACUGUCAAAAUCAUGAUGUUUCUCAUGAAAACAGAGUGGUAAUUUUCAUAAUGGGGACAGACUGUCCAAAGAAAAGGCUUAUCUGUGUAGCACUUACAUUGUUUGCCAUCCAGAAUGGAAUUAAAGAAAUGUUAUCAACUUGUGAUGGUAUGAUUAAUGGGUUCGUUUGGUGGGCUUGAUGAGAUUGUGUUCUUCACGUUUCGCCUGCCACAUUGCUGUGUAUUUGUAUAUAAGCGAUUUCUGACUUCUGAAAGGGAGGGGGGCGUGGACAUUGGACUGAAACUGUAGGUCCAAGACACAGGUUUUUCCAAUUCUUACAGAAGCCGAACCAAUUCUUUCUUGAAUUUAGGAAACAAUUUCUAAAUUCUAAAGGCAUUCUGAACACUUUUGAGUUUCUGGUGUGCAGGAUUUCUCUUUAGAUUUGUUCCAUUUCUGUAAUUACAGUACAUCUAAUGAAAUAAGAACAAAACUCAAAGAAGUGGGAGGUCUGUGUAAUUGCCCACUGAAUGAAUAGAAUUGCAAGACUGUGAUUGCUUGUACCCAUUUCAAAGUCAAACUUUUUCUUACAGUCAAGUGUUAUUGAUAGGUGUGGACAAAUACUAAACAGGUUUUGGUGGAAGAGAUAAAUGUCCCUGUAAAGUUUAUGGAGAGGUUUAAGUGUUACUCUUCAUUUGCAAGUGUCAUGUUUAACUGAUAUCUAUGUAGAUUAAAUAUCUUCUGGAAGAAGUAUGUUACAAUGACUUGCAAGUAAUUAACCUGUUACAUAAAAUGUUAUUUUAAAUGGUAAACUAUGAUUUUAUUUAUGUAAAGUAGUAUUAACAUCCUUAUGUAUGGAACAUUUUUGUCAAUUUUUACUUACCUACUAGCAUGUUGGUUCCGUGCCCAAUGUGUAUAUUAUUGUAUUAUUCUGGAGUUCUUGUACAAGACUUAUCACCAUGUGCAAUAUAAUAAAAGUGUUUCUAAUUGGACUUUUUUUUCAAAACCAAUGUAAUUUAUAUAAAAUAAAAUGAGAAAUAAAUUA